UUUUGAUUGAUCAGUGUACGAAUUUGUUUGCUGAGUAUAACUUUUAUUAUUAUUGUUGUAAUCAAAAAACACCGUCAACAUGAAUGGAAAAAUUGUUUUAUGUUUUGCGGUCGUCUUUGUUGGACAGGCCCUAUCAGCUGCAACUGGUCCCGCAAUUGAUAUCGAAGACUUUAAAAAAAUUGGUGAACAGUUCACACAAUCUGCUUUAUCUAUUUCCAAUCACAUAUUAGGAUUAUACCCCGCAGAUGCCCAAAAAUCCAUCGACAAAGUUAAGGGAUUGAUAACCAAAGGAAUUACAGACAUUGAAACCGAAGCUGGUAAAAUGAAGGAAAUCGUUCGCAAAAACGCUGAUCCAAAAUUGGUUGAAAAAUACGAUGAUUUAGAAAAGGAAUUCAAAAAACAAAUCACUGAUGCCAAAGCCAUAUUCGACGACAAAGUCGGCAAACCAAUCAACGAAAAAUAUGACGUAAAGAAACUUUCCGAAUCAAUUCUCAAAUCUACCAAAGAAUUAGAAACUACAGUAAACAAAGCCAUUGAUGGACUCAAGAAGCAGUGAAGCAUUUUAUAAUGCAAUGCAUCUAAUCCAAACAAUAUUUUUUUAUAUUUUUGUUAAUUAAAUUAUUUUUCUUAGUAUAAUCGAUUUAUAUU